UCGGCAUGAAGUAAAACGAGUUGAAAAUUCCAAUGAAGGUUCGGUAAUGAAGUUUGUUGGUAUGAGUGAAAGAACUAUGCGUCAAAUCGUCGAGGCAGACCUCCGCUACAAUUCUUGUGUAAUUAAAGUGAAACAGAAGGACUGUGCGCCUGCGCACAAAAGUCAUUUGGUGCAGAAUUGGUUUUCGGACUCAACAUGUUCUGAUCUAAAGAAUUUUGGCUUUCCAACAGACCAGGCUUAAAUUUUUGGGUUUGCAAAUUUAUAUUUGGAAAAAUGUUCCUAGUCGAAAUUUGAGCUAUAUUUUAAUUUUCCAUUUCUAAGAAGAAGAAUAUUUCGAAUGCUAAAAAGUACUUUAAUAUGCCUCAGACUUGUCGAGACGAGCCGUGCCAAUUGGGAGUCGACGAAGCUGGACGUGGACCAGUUUUAGGACCAAUGGUAUAUGGAAUUGCGUACGCUCCCUUAUCGAAAAAGCAGCUUCUCGUAGAUCUGGGAUGUGCCGAUUCAAAAAGUUUGACCGAAGCAAAGAGGGACUCCAUUUUUGAUAGCAUAUGUCAAAAGCACGACCAGAUGGGCUGGGCUGUCGAAGCCAUAUCGCCAAAUUACAUAUCCAACUGUAUGUAUCGACGAACAAAAACAUCGUUGAACGAAGUUUCAAUGAGUUCGGCGAUAAAGCUAAUCAAGCUGGCAAUACAGGCUGGCGUUAAUCUUGCCGAAGUGUACGUAGACACUGUCGGUAAACCCGAGAAAUAUCAGGCCAGAUUGCAGGAAAUUUUUCCCGAUCUGAAAAUAGUCGUUGAAAAAAAGGCUGACUCAACUUUCCCUAUCGUGAGUGCUGCUAGUAUCUGUGCAAAAGUAGCAAGAGAUCACGCUUUACGUGCUUGGCAAUUUCGAGAGGGCGACAAUGAAAACGAAUACGGAAGUGGUUAUCCUAACGACCCAGUGACUAAAAAGUGGUUGUCUGAAAAUGUAGAUCCAACUUUUGGAUUUCCGAUGAUAGUCAGAUUUAGUUGGUCCACUGCUGAAACGAUUCUCGAGUCCAAGGCUUUAGCUGUUGAGUGGGAAGAAAAUGAAGAAGACGCCAGUCCCACAAAUAUAAAAAUUUCCAAUUACUUUAUGAAGAAUCCAAAGACGGCAAAAAGAGAGAAGCACAAGUUUUUCAAGGAACGUUCUCUUUCCAAUGCCACUAAUCUAUAAUAUUUUCAAAAAACUGUACAUUGUAAGCAAUUGAAAUAUUUUUAUUAUUGAACUUUAUCUCAGAAAAGUACCUCUUUAAUGUAUAUAUUUACAAUUCCUUUUUUCGCUUGAAUAUGCCGAGAUUAUGGUAGAUUUACGGUAGUUUCGCUUUAAUCUUAUAUGUACAAUUAACAAUAAGGAACCUUAAAUAUGAAAUAUUAAUGUCAACCUUUUUAACACAUUAUAAACCUAUACAAUUUAUACUAAA